AUGAAGUACACGUCCACCACUCUCCUGGCCGCUGUCGCCAGUGUGGCGUCAGCCGCCGCAACGCACAGGCACGGCAUGGGCAAAGUGCACAACCAUGCGCUUCGUCACGCCGAGGUCAUGCAUGAGGCAGAGCACGAGAAACGCGGUACCCUCGCAAGCGCCGUCAUGUCCACGAUCCAAGGCCUGGGCGCAAAGGCAGGCCUCAACAGCUACGCGCAAACGAGCGGCGCGUGGAUCGGCAGCAAUGGCCCCUACACCAACACCUUCACCAACACUGCCGCCGAUGACCUUGUCCUCUUCUGCUGGGGCCCUGCCGGCUCCUGGGUCAACGCCAUUGCGCCUCUGAUCUCGGUUCCCAUUCCUUCCGGUCAGAAUGUCACCAUCAGCUACGCCGAGGGUGCUAGCGGAGCCUGCGCUCCCGUCUUCGGUGACACGUCUAUGGUCAACGGUCAACUGCACCAGACGUGGUUGGAGUAUACCUUCGCCGGUAUUUACAGCACCUACGACGUCUCACGGGAGGUCAACAUGGCUGGUCGCUCGAUCUCGACGACACACUACAAGGCCGAUGGCAGCAAGGGAUGCACGACUGACAUGAACACUUGCGUCUUCAUGUGCUCGGACAGGAGCGCUCCGAGCUGCUGGUUCGGCUACGAGCUCGUCAACUGCGGUGCGAGCAACGGUGGUGGCAGCGGGUAUGACCCCAAGACUGGUGGCGCGUCCGGUGGGUGCAAUGGCUUGACUGCUGGUGCGGGCAAUCUGCAGACCUACCUGUCGUAG